GGCGCUCCGGCCCGGCCCGGCCCCGCCCGAUGCCCAUGAGCGCGAACACCAUGAUCUUCAUGAUUCUGGGGGCGUCGAUCGUGAUGGCCAUCGCUUGCUUGAUGGACAUGAACGCGCUGCUGGACCGGUUCCACAACUACAUCCUCCCGCACCUGCGGGGCGAGGACCGCGUCUGCCACUGCAACUGCGGCCGGCACCACGUCCACUACGUGAUCCCGUACGACGGGGACCAGUCGGUGGUGGACGCCGCGGAGAACUACUUUGUGACGGACAAUGUGACCAAGCAGGAGAUCGACCUCAUGCUGGGGCUGCUGCUCGGCUUCUGCAUCAGCUGGUUCCUGGUGUGGGUGGACGGCGUGCUGCACUGCGCGGUGCGCGCCUGGAGGGCUGGCCGGCGCUACGAUGGUUCGUGGACGUGGCUGCCCAAGCUGUGCAGCCUGCGGGAGCUGGGGCGGCGGCCGCACAGGCCCUUCGAGGAGGCGGCCGGGAACAUGGUGCACGUGAAGCAGAAACUCUACCACAACGGCCACCCCAGCCCGCGGCACCUGUGAGCCGUGCACUGGACUCGCCGGGGCCCCAGGGCCGCCGGCCACGGAGACGUCAAAGGGACCUCGUGGGCGCCCGGGCCGGUGGGACUGGAUGGCAGCCUCGGGCCCGGGGCGCCUGGGGCCGUGCCCGGCGUAGCCGCCCACCAGGCAAGUCCAGCGGAAGGUGCUGUCUCUCCUUUUU